UCACACUCAUGAAACAAUAUAAUAAAAAAGUCAUAGCUUUUCGUUCAAAAUGCUGACCUGUACUCCAUAGUCCCUUUCAAUCCAGACUACUUCCCUUCCACUACCUAUAUAAACAGCAUCAAAUUUCCUUCUUUCUCACAUCACUUUCUUACUUACAACAAAGGAAAAAGAAAACAACGGAAAAAAAAAAUGGCUUUGUUGCUUUGCUUCCUCUUCUUUCUUAUUCUCUCUUCUGCAAAUGCCUGUGAUCGCUGCGUGCACCAAUCAAAGGUUGCCUAUUUCUCCAAAGCUUCUGCACUUUCUUCUGGGGCAUGUGGGUAUGGUUCGUUGGCCUUGGGCUUUAGUAAUGGAAACGUUGCGGCUGCAGUUCCUUCAAUUUACAAAGAUGGUGCCGGUUGUGGCGCAUGCUUUCAGAUGAGAUGCAAGAACCCUGCUCUUUGUACCAAAGAAGGGACUAUAGUAACAGUGACUGAUCUCAAUCCUAAUAACAGAACAGAUUUUGUUGUUAGCAGUAGAGCUUUCUCGGCCAUGGCUCGCAAGGGUAUGGGCCAAGAUAUUUUGAAACUUGGGCUUGUAGACGUUGAAUACAAGAGAGUACCUUGUGUUUACAAGAACAAAAAUUUGGCUGUGAGAGUAGAAGAAUCAAGCCAAAAGCCACACUACUUAGCAAUCAAGUUCUUAUAUCAAGGGGGUCAGACUGAAAUAGUGGGCGUUGAUAUCGCUCAGGUAUCGGUUGGUUCGGCUAAUUGGGGUUUCAUGAGUAGAAACCACGGUGCAGUGUGGGACACAAGUAGAGUGCCUGCCGGUGCAAUCCAACUCCGGCUGGUGGUGACUUCGGGAUACGACGGAAGAUGGGUUUGGGCCAAAAGUGUUCUCCCUUCUGAUUGGAAGAUAGGAGGUGUUUAUGACUCGGGAAUUCAAAUCGAUGAUAUUGCUCAAGAGGGUUGCUCUCCCUGUGAUGAUGGGACUUGGAGGAAUUGAGUCACCACCUCUGUAUAGUGGAGAAAGAGAUCAUUUUUAUAACAUAAUAAUAAUAUUAUAAAUUGAUAUUUUUAGCUUUAGGAAUAAGGGCAAAUCUACUAUUAUAUAGAUAUCGUGUGACUGUCACAUAUAUAGUUUUCUUUUUUGUUUGGUUCUCAGUGUAAUCUUCAUUGCUCUCCUCUCUUUUAUCUCUAUUAUUAUUACUGCAUUGUAGUAUAUAUACAAGAAAGCCAUAAUUGAGAGAUUUUACUUAUUAACCUA